GCAGCAGCAGCUGCUCAGCCUCUCGGCUCAGGUUUCACCUGCGUGCUGACGUCACACGCAGCCGUAUAAAGACAAUGCCGCCUCGCGCCCGCAUACAUCUCCUGCCGCUAUGGCUCAGCUGCAGUCUCUGCAUGUGUCCGUCGGUAUUCUGAGCAUCUCUGGCGGUUCUCUCCUGCUGUUGGUGAACGACUAUGCCAGCUCACCUGAAAGAAACUUAAUUCCCUACACUGCACUGGGGGUUCUGCUCCUCAUCAUUGCAGCCCUCCUAGCUUAUGCAGGUAUCCGUCGCAGUCUGUCCCAUGCCCAGCUCUUCUCCACUCUGUGUCUCACUGUCUCCGCCCUGUGGUGUGGUUCAGGUCUGGUGUACAUCCUGGUGGGGCAGGGUGUGCUGCAGCCCUCGGAGCUGAGAGCCUCUCUGGUCCCAGGCCUGGCAGCAUUCACCUUAGCCCUGCUCAUCAUAGGCAGCGUAGCGGUCCUGGUGAAGAAAGCUGUUCUAUCUGUCAUAGCUGUUGGCAUUAGCUUAGCGUGUGCCCAUCAAAUCGCAGGUUUGUCCGCUGUAGGUUUCGGUCAGUCUGCCACAGCUGCCAACUACCUUCUUGUCUGCGUGGUGGGUGUUUACUUUGGUGCUGGACGCCUGCUGUCCACCAUCACUCGAGGUAAAGUGGAGCCUCCAGGAACAGUCCUGAAGGCCAAAGCUGAGGUGACAGCAGAGCAGAAUCGGGGCGGCACUGAUGCACUGUCGGUAGGUCUGGUGAUGAACCUGCUGUCUGCCUCUGUGCUGGCCUGUCCUCUGUUAGGUGUGGUCCCCCAGCUCUUCGUCGGUCACGUGCCGUGGCUGUGGACCGCUGGAGUCUUCCAGCUCGGCAUGUGUGUCCUCUUCUACCGGGCCAUGGACACACUAGCCGCCACUUUUUACGGCUUCACUGCCCUUCUGAGGUUUGCGGAAGGCUACAGCGCUCUCCUGUCGUUCUACUCCAUUCAGCCUUACUCCCCCGUUCCCUUCCCUGUCGUCUUCUCAGUGCUUUUCUUCGUCCUGGCUCUGUUCAGUUGUCAGAAGAGCUUGCUGGAGGGGCUCUAUCAGCUUUUCUUUGUAGCUUAUUCCAUUGCUAUUGCAGCCCAGCCUCAAGGCUUCUUCCAAGGGGGCACACAGGGUGUACAGGCAGCAAUAUUUGUAGUCUCUGCCGGCAUGCUUUUCGUCACCACAUUCAAUAUGGUCUCCAAGACAACGAUUCCCACAGGGCAGGGUUACUUUAAGGCUUUGGUCACCAGGAUGCGGCGUCUCACCCUCAGAGCCCACGAUAAAGAGCUCCAUUCACCUCACCUGGGUUACUCCAAGUAUGCAGAUGCAGAGGUGUUGGGCCACGCCUGCAGUGUGCUGGCUGCCUUUGCCAUCACGGCCACAGUGGGGGGCAGAGAUCCUCUGUCUGUGCUGAUUCUGCCCUGGGUGGUGGUGGCCGGAGGGGCACUCACGCUGCUCUGCGGCUCAGUAGCUUUCGCCCGAGGUAAAACCUUUGAGAGCACAGUUUUUAUUCUCUACGGGGUGAUGUGGACAGUGUGGGGGCUGACACGAUACGGCGGCCUUUAUGGGCAGACCAGAAGCUUCGAUGUGGCUGUUGGGAUCAUCAGUUUCAUGCUGUUUAAUGGUCUGGUGACAGUUGCAGCGUUGUUUUUAAAUGUCGCCUGGUUCGCUUACUCCUUCACCUUCCAGCUCAUUCUUAUCAGCUUCCUGCUGGAUGCAGUGGGCGCCCUGCCUUUUGGUUAUGAUAUAGGAGUCACCAUCAUCUUUGGUCUUGUUAGUUUUUACUGUUUCCUGGCACACAUUUUCAACAGCACCUUCCAGUCCCCGCAGAUCCCCUUAGGAAAACCUCUGAUAAAGCUGAGUGGGGUCGGGGGAGGUGCAGAUAUCUGUCCACACCUACCUGCACGCAAGGCCACGUCCGUCCACCAGAUUGCAGAAAUCAUGAAAAAUGGUGGCAUAUGUGGAAUGCCCACUGACACUGUCUAUGUGCUGGUGGCAGCUUGCAACAGGCCUGAUGCGGUUGUCAAAGCUUACAAGGUGAAGAAGCAGGCGCAGGACCGACCCAUGUCACUGUGGAUCUCCUCCAUCAAGCAGCUAGAGCCGGUGCGACACCUGCUGAGCCCUCUGCUCCUGGACUUCAUGGAGGCUGCCUGGCCCUCCUCCAUUAGCAUGGUGAUACCCAGAGGCCCGUGGCUGGACACCUUUGGUUUAGGAGAUGCUGCCAAACACAUAGGGACUCCACAGAGCAUUGCCAUCAGAAACCCAGACUGUUCUGUGGCCACGCACCUCAUUAAUCUGGUGGGGCCCAUCGCUGUAACCUCAGCCAACCCCACAGGCGAGGCAGACACGACUCACCACAACCAAGUUUAUGCCAAACUUGGCAACAAGGUGGAUGGGGUGCUAUGUGACGGAGCCUCUCCUGAGAACAUCGCAUCUACUGUGGUCGACUGCACAAAGAUCGAAACAGGGCAUAUUGGAUUCUUCAGAGUGGGUCUCAUUCCUAAAUCUAAGGUUCUUCAAAUCUUCGAGGAGGUUCAGAUGCGGCACAGACAGGGGCAGACGAAUCCUGCUUUUGAGUAUGAUCUCGAUCCGCCAAACACCCAAAGGGAAAGAAAUUCCGAUGAAUCAGAGUCGGGAAGAGGAAGCGGAGACACAACACCAUCCACAGCUUCGCCUCAACAGAGUCCAGUCCUCAGAAACGGCUCAUAGAAUUAAUGUACUGUUUAAAAAGAAUGUAACAUGAAUUCAAAUACACACUAAAGGCGAUUGUUCAAUGAAAUAUCUACACACAGAUGUAAUAGUUUCCACACUGGUGUUUGGUCCACCAUAUGUAAGGAUGACCCCACAAGCCCUUUAUGUCUUGAUGUUUUCAGCAUGUUUGUCUGUUUAUCUAAAUUAUUUUUGGAAGAGUUAAACUUAUAUUGGUGUGGAAUUUCUUUCUGUGGAAUUAUAAGACUACAAAGCACUGUAAUCACUAUCUGAAUGCAAUUAAUUUAUAUUUCAUGCAAUAUAUGUGCAAUAUAUUGUAAAUUAUAAAUUGUAUUUUUUUACAUCGUCUGCCCUCUUUGUCUGGAAAUUGCAGUAUUUUGAAUAUGUCUCUGUUUUGUAUAUAUUUUUCAUGAAAAAAUAUACAUUAAAAUUACAAUUAUUUAUA